CCAGAGGCUAUGAGCCAGAAAGUCAAAGCCCUCCUUGGGUUUACAGAAAAACGGGUUGAUGUCAGUGAUGUUAUUGCACAGCUUGUUGCUGUGAUCGAACAAGCGCAUGAGAUGGUCCACCAUGUAACUGGUAUGGUUAACAGCAUAUAUUCAUAUCUUCAAAAUGCAAUCUGUGCACUGUCUCCGAGUGGUGUGGUUACCAUCAAGCGAGGACACUCUACUGAUGUUGACCAGCUUCGCUCACUGAAAUUCGUCUUCUUUGAUGGCAAAUUCAAAGAAUGCAAACAACUUGCAUUUCAGUACCAGGGAACAAGUGGGCCAUAUUUGUAUGAAGUUCCCCGCGGGCUUAUUCCAUUCAGCAACCUGUUGAGAACUUGCGGAGUAAGAGAUCAUUUUCACUUGGAUGAUUUCAUCCAAGCGCUUCAACUACUGAAAGGUACCUACGGUAAGAAGCCUCUAAAUGAAUCAGACUUAAAAAGUGCGAAGUCUAUGUUGUCGGAAAUUGUCUCCAUGAUAGCAGAAAGCCAUGACUUUUCUCCACCAGAAGGUAGCUUACAAAGCGGAUUAAUCUUUGUCCCUGACAACCGCGGGAUUUUGCGGUCACCUCAAGAGCUAACUUUCAAUGAUAUGGAAUGGGAUGGAUACCUUCGUGGAGAGAAGUACACCCAUCCAGAUAUAUCAUAUCGUGACGCUAAGGUUUUGGGUAUCAUUACACAGAGGCAAAAGGUCAUUGACACCUGCUCGUCUUUCGAGGAAUUCCAGAUAGAUUUUGGUCAAAGUGAAGAACUGACAGAUCGUCUGAAAAGUAUUCUUAGGGAAUAUCCAAAUGUCUCUGAUGUGUUUAAAGAGCUUCUUCAAAAUGCCGAUGAUGCAGGAGCAACAGAAAUCCAUUUUGUGUAUGAUCCCCGACAUCAUAAAGCAAAGAAGGUGGUUUGCGAUUCAUGGUCUGCUGUAGGGGAACUUCCAUCAAUUUGCGUUUAUAAUGACAUGCCAUUUACGGAAGCAGACAUCAAAGGAAUUCAGAAAGUAGGAGUAGGAGGAAAGAGAGAUGACAUUUCAACAACAGGAAAAUUCGGGAUUGGCUUUAACGCUGUCUAUCACUUGACAGACUGCCCAAGUUUUCUGAGCAACAGUGACACCCUGUGUGUGUUUGAUCCUCUCCUGAUGUUCACUCCAGUAACACAAAAAACGUCACCUGGAAAGCAAUUUGUUGCAGGUGUUUCAUUCAGGAAGAAAUUCCCUGACAUGCUGAAUGGAUAUCUGGAGGAUAUACCUGCCCUAAACGUAAAGGGGGGAACAGUGUUUCGAUUUCCACUCAGAAAACAGCCCUCAGUUCUUUCAGAAGAGGUUUACUCAAAAGCUAGAGUGAUGGCAUUGCUCAGUGACUUAGAGAAGUUGUCACAAGAAUCUCUGCUUUUCCUCAACAACAUCUUGUCCAUCACCGUUUCAUGUGUCACUAAGCAUUCACACGAGAUGCAAACGAAGUACUUCAUUAGUGCCAAGUUAUCAGAGCAAGGCAAUGAAGGUCGCUAAGGCUUAAAGAUCAUCUUAAACUUUUCAAGGAUAACCCUAGUGAGACAGCUGAGCCCGUGUCUGAAGUUUACACUCUCAAGAUAAAAGAUUCACUGAGCACCGAUCAAACAUGGCUGAUCUCUCAAAUGGUUGGUUGCAAAGGUUCUGCCCUAGAAAGUCAGUUAACACCAAGAGUUUCUACUCUAAGGAAGCCUAUACCACGUGGAGGAGUUGCGGCGCUUCUUACGGACGGCAGAAUGGCCAAUUCAGUCAACCAGCAGUGCAAAGCUUACUGCUUUCUCCCUCUUCCGGUUCACACCGGUUUACCGGUGCAUGUUAAUGGAACGUUUGAGCUGGGCACGGCCAGGAAGAAUCUUGCAAAAAGUGUUGAUUAUGCAACCUCAGGUGCUUACACCGAGGAGGGUCGUCUCAUUCACAGAUGGAAUAAAAUCCUGGUGGAACAUGUAAUUGCUCCUGCCUAUGCCAGAUUAAUUGAACGCGCAGGUAAGAUCAUAUUAAAACAGAUGAAAGGCAACAACUCGUUUAAAGACCAGCUUCAGUUAUAUGAUGACCUCUUCCCACAACAUUUGAAGAACUAUCACGGAGAGUGGAGUCUCCUAGCAAAAGCCACCCUAAGGUACAUUAGUAGUGAAAACAUGCAGGUUUUGCCUGUUGUGCGUCAAAUGGGAGAUCCACUCACAGUCACUUGGCAUCAUCCGAACAGUGACACCAGUCUCGCGUACACCGAUAACUUAGAAACUGCAGCAAACGUCGAACGAGACAUGAAGGGAGCACGUGGCUCACAACAGUCUUUAAUACGAUCCUUCCUACUGAGAAUAAGCUUUAAUUUACUAGCCAGCUCUUCGACGAUAUGCUUGGCAUUCCAAGAAUGUGGCGUGAAAGCAAAGUUUGUGAACCCAAAGGCUGUUGUUCAGCAUCUUUUGUCUGGGUCUCAAGUGGCACAGACCUUGCCUGCUCCACUGAAGAAAACAAAAUUCCAGAACACGAAGACUCUUCAAGCCGUUUUUGACUAUUGCCUUGCAGGCAUCAAAGAUCCAAAAAAACUGAAUGGCUUACCUCUCCUCCUAACAAAUGAUGACAUUUUGCGUGAGUUUUCAACAUGUAAUGGUCCUUAUGUGACGAACCAUUCUCGAGUUCUGCCCAACCUGAAGGAUAAAUUCCUACACGGCAAGCUUGUUUCAUCUUGCAUUGCUUGGUUCAAGAAGAAUGGGAAUGCCGAAGAAGCUUAUAGCAGUGGUGCAUUUAAGAAAUUUACUAUCUUUGAGCUUGCGCAACACCUUGGAAAGCAACUGCCUCGAAUCUGGAAAGGUUGCAAUCAACAUGUAGAAUGGACCCCACACAAAAAUGAUCACCCCUCCAAAUCCUGGCUUGGAUACCUAUGGUCAUUCAUUUGCAGUGAGACAGGGCAGAAGGCAUCCCUUGAAUGCAUCAGCCAGUGGCCAAUAUUUCCGACAACUGCGGGUAAACUGGUGCCUCCAUCCUUGUCCAAAACACUAUUAUACCUGGAAAAUGUCAGAGUGGUGUUCGGUUGGAGAAUGCAAGAGGCACUGCGUAAACUGGGUCUUCCUACCAUCUCAGAAGUCCUUAUGUGUGAGUGUAGGGCAACGUCCUCCGUUGGCGCACCAGUAGAAACAUUGCAAUUUCCAGCAGCACUAAAAGAACUUCUUGAAGAACACUUAGCCCUGCCUACCUCCCGACAAGAUGUUACUGGGGUCAUUAACUACAUGCUUGAAACAGGGGGAGAGUUUGGCAAUCUAUCACUAGCAGAAUGUGAAACACUACUUCUCUAUUUUCAGGAGGAUGAGGCAUUGUCUGGAAACACUAUCAGGACUAUCAAAAAGCUGUCGAUUUUCAAACUUCUUGGAAAAGAACAGACCACUAAUCUUCACUGCUUUAAAUGUUAUCACACAGCAGAAAGUUACCAAAUGCUUAGAGAUGAAUCCGAGACGUGGAUGAGACACAUGCAUUGUGUUAUUCUAGAGCCCAGUCGUAGUUUGAAUCUAAUUCAUGAAAAGCUCGGAAUAACUCCGAUCACUGAAGCUGACAUGUAUCUGAAAUACAUACUUCCCAGCUUCACCGUGCUCAGUGAUAAGGCUAAAUUAGACCACGUUAAGUUCAUCAGAGACAAUGUAUUGCGCAAUGCUUCUGCACAGGAAGGGAAAGUAAUUCUCGAGCAUCUCUCCCAUAUUCCGUUCAUUCCAGACAAGACAGGUGUUCUCCGACAUGCAGGCUUUUUUUACGACGGUAACAACCCUGUAUUUGACGCAAUGAGUGACGUGAUUGACCAAAUCAAGUUGCUUCCCGAAUCCAUGAGACUUCUGAAGCCCUUCCUUGAAAAGAUUGGUUUCCAUUCAAUAGUUACCAUGGACGAUUUCAUGAAGUUUGCAAACGAGAUAGAAACUAGGGCAAAGAAAAUAAAUACAAAUGAACGAGACAAACUGUGUGUCAUCUCUCGUCUUCUGACAGAUGAACUAGAUAACAACAAAGAGCUCCACGAUGCAAACUUCCUGAAAACAAUUUCCACCGUUAAAUUCAUUCCGUCUGUUCAAAUUAGGGCAGAAUUGCUUCGCGUCCAACAAGCCUGUUCUGGCAAUCGCCAAGGUUCUGCAUUCAUUGCAUAUCGAGGAUCGGUGCCUCAGAGGUAUUUGGAGCUUGUUUGGUCAGUUUGUAUGGUAUUACCACAGUGGGCCAUUCCAAAUAAUGACACCACGAAGAAGGGCGUCAGUGUUCAUAGUUGUCUUGGCAUUGAAAAAGAGUCAGUUGCGGACAAAGUUUUUUCGCACACCUUAAACAUCUGUAAAGUCCUGGAGAAAAAGAAUGCUAUCCACAAAGAAGACGUUAUCCCCACACGAGAGCGAGAGAUAAUUAAACGUAUUAUGUAUAAGAUAUUGGGCUACCUGAAAGACUUAGAUAUGGCCAAGCAUAGUGGAGAGAUUAAGCAUCGUUUGCAGUUCACACCCAUAUGUCUUGUAGAAGAAGGACGUGUGUUGGUCAGAGCAGAUCAGUUGGUUUUUCGCAUGGAAAAAAGUCUUGAAGCUUGUUUGCGUCCGUACCUUUAUGAAGCUCCCAGAGAUUUGGCAAAAUUUGACGAAAUUCUGAGAUUACUUGGUGCUCAAGAUUCCUGUUCUUUUGACCAGCUCGCAGGAGUAUUGUCAUCAUUGAAAGCAGAAUGUGGUGACGGACGUCUCGGUCCAAACGAAAAGGAAACAGCAAGGGCUGCUGUCAGGGGGAUUCUACUAUUAUUAAUUCAGCAGAACGGUCAAUGUGAAAUUGAAUGCGAAAUCUCACAGUUGUAUUUACCAAACUCAGAAUACUUCUUGAGAAGGGCGAUGGAUCUAUAUUAUGUUGAUCCCGUCCAAAUGGAGCGUUUCUGCCUUGCAUCGACAGACCGAGAAUUUAUUCUUCCCUUAAGAGAGUGUGGAUUUUCGGAUGAAGAUGAAAUACACAGGUUUCAACAUCUUCCGAUGCACCUCCGACCGAAGAAUCUAGGGGAUGAGAUGAGUGAAAAGCCGUUACACACCAACAAAGACUGCCCCGCUGGACAUCACUGCGAGUACCUGGCAAUCAUCAAGCGUAAGGUGAAUUCAGAGGAGAUGACUCGAGCCUUGCUGAGGCUGGUACGACACCAACUUGGAGAUAAGCAUCCAAGUGACGAAAUACAAGAACGCAUAAAACAACUGCAGCAUUUUGACAAAUUUGUCUGCAAAACUAGCUUGAAACUGGGCUUAUACGAUAAGGGUGGGCACAUCGUCGCACAUUACAGGCACUCGCGAAAAGCGUACUUAAUUAAAAAGACUGGUAUAAUACACCUGGAACACUCUUCAUUGUUUAAAGACACUGGGUUAAUUUGUGGACAAAUUGCAAACAGCUGCAAUGAGGUCCUUGGACGCAUUUUGGAUUCUGAUCAUUUAAGAGUGUUUGCAAAUUCCUUGGAAUGUGAGAGUCUGGACGAUAUAAAUACAACUCUUUCCAAAUCAGA